AUGGACGUUGAAUACUGGCCAUUAGCCGUCUACUACCUGGGGUUCCCCUCCACCAAUAACGACAGAGCUCAUCUUCAAGAUUGGGCAUUGAGCACUGCCGAUUUGGCCGCUUUCACUUGCUCCACCGGCUUCUUGGAAUUGAUCACAUACACCGGGCUGAAAAGCCGUUGGAAGAAGGCGGAAUCUCAUCUCGAACCGCAACACCCCUCCCCACCUGAGCUUUGGAUACUUGGGGUUCACCGUGCCCGAUGUGCCGAGCAUUCUGGCCAGACUGAAGCUGCCAGAGCCCCUGUUGUCAAGGACUUGGAUUUUAAUGGUCGCGCCAGUGUCCCGUUGACAGAGUGGGAGAAGGAACGUGGCUUCGGUGCUGAAGAAAUGGUGGAGAGCUACAAGGAGACCAUUAAGCAUGUUGCCAUGGUUUUGAUCCGGUAA